UUAUUUUGAAUGCGUAGACCGGAAGUCGCAUUAUUACCUGUCUGACUUGACUACCUGCACUGCUCGUGAUGGGGGUGUUUCCUCUCCUUUAACUCAUCAUCGGGGAUUCCUGUUUAUACAUUCAGAUCACACACACACAAUCUGACCCACACAAACACACACACUCUGAUCCCCACACACACACACAAACACAGCGGCUCGGCCUGCCUCUGGUGCCCGGGUCAUGUUCACCGGGAUGCGGGUGGAGAGCAGGGGGGUCUCCGGGGGUCUGGAUGCUGCGGCGGUGAGGCAGCAGAGGAGGCUGAAGCAAGCGAUCCAGUUCCUGCACCGAGACUCUGCUGACCUGCUGCCGCUGGACGGGCUGAAGAAGCUGGGGACAUCCACACAGGGGCAGCCACAUCAUAUUCUCCAGAAGCGCCUGCUGGAGUCCAAGUUAUCCCGGGGCAGGAUGAACAACGAAGGCAUCAGUCUGAGCUGCACUCACAUCAACUCACACGAGGAUGAAGAGGAAGAGGAGGACGAUUUCAUCUAUGUGCCCUGCAAG